AAUAGCCUCAGUAACAACUCGGGAAAGUUCCACCAUGGAAUCACUCCACUCCAGACUCUCCCCGCAUUCCAUGCAGAUAUCGUCAAAAUUCCCAACUUCAUAGCUUCAGUCUCUGCAAUCCGCAGAAGAAUCGAAAUGUUACAAACCCUCCGUCUCGCAGUCUCCCAAUCCCACACCCUCCCCACCACCCCUCUCACCCUCCUCGCCCUCGAGCAAACUACCAGAAAAGCCGCCGCCCAAUCCAUAGACCUCAUCCUCUUCCCCGAGGCCUACCUAGGAGGAUAUCCACGAACGGCCACCUUCGGGGCAGCAGUCGGUGCACGCAGACCGGAGGGGAGGGAGCAAUUCCUACAUUAUUUCAAGGAUGCGGUGGAUCUGGGGGAUACACCCGAGGGCGCGGGAAGUGCAUGGGUAGAGAGGAAGCUGCCGACGAAGGAGGGAGAGGUGAGGGGAGACGGGACGAGAGAGGAAUUGGAGAGGAUUGCGAGGGAGACGGGGGUAUUUGUCAUAACUGGGUUGGUGGAGAGGUGUGCGGGGACGUUGUAUUGUGGGGUUGUGUAUGUUUGUCCCAGACUGGGGGUUGUUGGGAAGAGGAGAAAGGUUAUGCCGGUAUGUAUUUUGUUGUUUGAUCUCGCGGCAUGUUGGGUUGGAUUUCUACGAGUUUACAAAGAUAUCGGGUGAUGGGGGUUGGGAUGAUUGGAAAUUGAGUUUCUGAUUCUCCUGCACCUCGUUGGAUCAUACUUUCAAUUACCUCGGAAUUUCUAAUGGAAUCCCAGGCAGCGAAAUAUCUGGUGAUCUUAUGCUAACUUCAACCCAGACAGGUACGGAAAGAUUGAUAUGGGGCCAAGGCCAACCAUCUUCUCUUCGAGCGAUUACAACUACCAUCAAAGGCGUUAAGUUGACUCUGGCUGCUGCCAUAUGCUGGGAGAAUUACAUGCCAUUGUUGCGUCAAUCGUUAUAUUCUCAGAACGUCAAUCUAUACUUAGCUCCGACGGCAGAUGGAAGAGAUACCUGGCUACCACUUAUGCAAACUGUAGCUGUGGAAGGACGUUGUGUGGUAUUGAGCGCAAACCAAUGCAUGGCGAAAUCUAAGAUUCCGGAUUGGAUUACUUCCAACGAACCACAAGCUCAUGUCGAGCAUACAAAUGGCAAGGAGGGUACACAUGAAGGUUCCAGUUCCCCACGUCUAGGAAGGAAAUCAACAAUCACAGAUGAUGGCCACGAAAGUGUGAUUCCAGAGGCAGAGGAGCGACCACCCGCAGCAAGACUGAGAAGGAAAUCGACCAUCACAGAAGAUGGUCAUGAAAUCGUAUUGCCAGAAAUAGAGGAGAGACCACCGAUGGCAAAAUUAAGAAGAAAAUCAACCAUCACGGAAGAUGGCCAUGAAAUCGUUUUUCCCCUUACAACAUUUCACAAGGAACCAGAAAAGACAACAGAGGUACAACCAAAGUUGACUGAAGCAGAAUAUCUAUCGAGGGGUGGUUCUUGCAUAAUAUCGCCACUAGGGGACGUAUUGCGAGGUCCCCUUUGGGACGAUGAACAUGGGUUGCUUGCUGUCGAUGUGGACUUUGAUGAUUGUCUUCGAGGAAGACUCGAUCUUGAUGUUGGAGGAAGUUAUUCUAGGUACAGUAUCUUUUUUGCCCAAUCUGUUUUUGUGGUGGGCUACAACUGACUGCUUUCUCUAGAAACGAUUCUUUCAAACUGACCGUGGAAGGGUUAGAUCUUAGUCCGCCUCCAUGA